GGACUGCCGUUCCCACCAUGCCGCGCGCGCGGAAGGGGCGUGGCCGCGGCGCCGCUUCCGUGCUGGCGGCGAGGCGGAGGAGCGGCAAGAUGGCGGCGGCGGCGGUGCUGGAGCUGCAGCGCGCGCAGUCCCUGCUCUCCACCGACCGCGAGGCCUCCAUCGGCAUCCUGCACUCCAUCGUGAAACGUGAUGUCCAGGAAAAUGAUGAGGAAGCAGUGCAAGUCAAAGAGCAGAGCAUCCUGGAGCUGGGGUCACUGCUGGCCAAGACUGGGCAGGCAGAAGAGCUGGGAGGACUCCUGAAGUACGUCCGGCCCUUCCUGAACUCCAUCAGCAAGGCCAAGGCCGCGCGCCUGGUCCGCUCCCUGCUUGACCUCUUCCUGGACAUGGAGGCAGCCACGGGACAGGAGGUUGACCUGUGUUUAGAGUGUAUUGAAUGGGCCAAAUCAGAGAAGAGGACUUUCCUACGCCAGGCUCUGGAGGCGAGGCUGGUCUCUCUCUACUUCGACACCAAGAGGUACCAAGAAGCUCUGCAGCUAGGCUCCCAGCUGCUUCGGGAGUUGAAGAAGAUGGAUGACAAGGCACUGCUGGUGGAAGUGCAGCUCCUAGAGAGCAAGACUUACCAUGCCCUGAGCAAUCUGCCAAAAGCAAGAGCAGCCUUAACCUCGGCCCGUACCACGGCCAAUGCCAUCUACUGUCCCCCCAAGCUGCAGGCAGCGCUGGACAUGCAGUCAGGUAUUAUACAUGCAGCAGAAGAGAAGGACUGGAAAACAGCCUAUUCAUAUUUUUAUGAGGCAUUUGAGGGCAAUGAUUCAAUUGACAACCCCAAAGCCAUCACUGCUCUGAAAUACAUGCUGCUGUGCAAAAUCAUGCUCAACAGCCCAGAAGAUGUGCAAGUAUUAGUGAGUGGGAAGCUUGCUCUGCGGUAUGCAGGAAGACAGACAGAAGCACUAAAAUGCGUGGCACAGGCUAGCAAGAACCGGUCGCUGGCAGAUUUUGAAAAGGCUCUGACAGACUACAAGGUGGAGCUCAGGGACGACCCCAUCAUCAACACUCACCUGGCCAAGCUCUAUGAUAAUUUAUUGGAACAGAACCUGAUCAGAGUCAUCGAACCCUUCUCCAGAGUACAGAUUGAACACAUAUCCAACCUCAUCAAGCUCUCAAAGGCUGAGGUAGAAAGGAAAUUGUCACAGAUGAUCUUGGACAAGAAGUUUCAUGGAAUCCUUGACCAGGGCGAGGGCGUCCUGAUCAUCUUCGACGAACCCCCCGUAGACAAAACUUAUGAGGCUGCCCUCGAGACGAUUCAGAACAUGAGCAAAGUAGUGGAUUCGCUCUACAACAAAGCCAAGAAGUUGACAUAGAGUUGAAUUUGCUAGCUGUCAUUUGGAGAGUGUGUGUGACAGGAGAGUGAAACCUUUGGGAAAAUGUUAGGAGACUUUUUUCUUUUCUUCUUUGUUCUACUUUUCGCUCGGAAAGUUUUUAAACUUCCUCAUCCGGUGCAUCUUGUAUUCCAGACGAUGCGUGUUCCAGUUUCCAUGUAAUCUUUACUGGCCGAACUUUGUAUCUGGGGGGGGAAUAUUGUUUAAACAAAGAGGGUAUUCUAAAUAAAAGGAAAAAGGCUUACACUA